AUGGCGAGUGCCGAAGAAGGCGGGGCUGGUGACCCCCCAAUGCCCCCUGAGGAGCAGCAGCAGCAGCAGCAGCAGCAGCAGCAGCAGCAGCAAGAGCCGCAGCAGCAGCAGCAAGAUGAGGAGCAGCAGCAGCAAGAUGAGCAGCAGGAAGAAGGAGGAGAGUCUGAGGGGCAAGAGGGAGACAACGACGAAGAACAGCAGCAGCAGCAGCAGCAGCAGCAGCACGACGAUGAUAACGAUGCAGAGCAGCAGCAGCAGCAGCAGCAGCAGCAGCAAGAGGAGGAGCAGCAGCAGCAGCAGCUUUCUGAUGGGGAUGGGGACCGCAAGAGCCGCAAGAAGAGACGCAGACACUCCAAGGGUGAUCGCAGCAGCAGCAGCAGCAGCAGCAGCAGCAAAAAGAAAAAGAAAAAGAGAAGACUAAAAGAGAAGAAAAGUUCAAAGACAAAGCGCAGCAGCAAACGCAUGCGUCAUCAUCACCAUCAACAGCAGCAGCAGCAGCAGCAACAGCAGCAACAGAUGAUGAUAGAGAGUGGAGGCAACAAGGCAAAAAGCAACAGCAACAGCAGCAGCAGCAGCAGCAGCAGCAGCAGCAGCAGCGAAGACAGCUCAGAAGAAGAUGAUAUAGAAGAUGAAGAAGCUAUACUAAGAGAAGAGAUGAAAGGGUUUAUAGUAUCAGAGGCAGAGAGCGACAGCAGCAGCAGCAGCAGCAGCAGCAGCAGCAGCCACGAAGCAGAUGGUGAUGCUCCUACACUCGACGAUGAAGACCUAGACCUCAUCGCAGAGAAUACAGGGUUGCUGGUGCAGCAGCAAAAGCAGCAGCAGCAGCAGCAGCAGCAGCAGCAGCAGCAGCAGCAGCGGCAGCGGCUGCAGCAGAGGGAUGGGGAUACAGAUGCAGAGGAUGAGCAGCAGCAGCAGCAGCAGCAGUUUCGUCGGCUUAAGAAAGCAGCAGCAACAACAAAAAAAACAGCAGCAGCAGCAGCAGGAGCAGCAGCAGGAAGCAGCGACGAUGAUGAUACAUCAGCAGCAGCAGCAGCAGCAGCAGCAGCAGGCAGCAGCAGCAGCAAAGGAGACAGUUUGUUUGGUGGUGAUAGAGAUACAGACGAUGACGAAGCCGACGAAGAAGCAGCAGCAGCAGCAGCAGCAGCAGCAGCAGCAGCAGGAGAAGAUGAAGAAGAGGAAGAAGAGGAGGAGGAGGAGACAGAAGCAGCAGCAGCAGCAGCAGCAGCAGCAGCAGGAUCAGCACAGCGGCUUGCUGAUGUGUGGUCUCUUGUUUAUGAUUGCUUCGGUGAUAUAGAUGCAGUCAUCAAUAUACUAUGCGAUAACAGGCCUCGUUCUCGUGGUGAGGCUGAGCUGCGUCGCUCUGAAGAACGUCUGGGUGUAGAUGAGCGUCGCUUACGAACUGCAGCAGGAGGUGCAGCAGCAGCAGCAGCAGGAGGAGGUGCUGCUGAUGCAGGGGGAUCUCCAGCAGCAGCAGGAAGCACAGCAGCAGCAGCAGCAGCAGCAGCAGCAGCAACAGCAGCAAAAACAUGCUGGGAGAGACUAGGAGAACCAGACGAACUGACCAGUGGUCUGUCCACUGCUAAAGAUGCAGCAAUUGCUGCUGCAGAUACACCCGAAAGGCUGCAACUUAGAUUCAAAAAUAGACCCAAACCCUCACAGGCAGCACUUGCUGCAGAGUCUGUAUGGAUUGGUCGUCAGCUGCUGCAGGAUUUUGCUGCUGAUCUAUCUAUAGAGAAAACAAUACUGGCGGCUGCGAGCAGCAAAAGUAAAGCUGCUGCAGCUGGGUGUAACACUAGCAGCAAAAGUAAAGCUGCUGCAGCUGGGUGUAACACUGCAGCAGCAGCAGCAGCAGCAGCAGCAGCAGCAGCAGCAGCAGCAGCAGCAGCGGGAGCGGGAGGGAGGAGAAAUUGA